UUAUCAUAAUUCCCUUAAAACAAAAGAACUCCACCGAAAAUUUCAACUACACAAAAAAUAUUUUUAUAUUUAUAUUUAUCAAACGGCUUGGGGAAAACCUUUUUCUUUGAAUUUCCGAUCUCCGCAGAGUGGUUAUCAUUCAGGUGAAGUUUCUUUUAUGGUCCAAAUCCUCUGUCAAAGUGUACGCAUUGCUGAAGUUUUUAUGCAAAUCACUUGUUUGCUACUGCAGCUGCUAUUAGUUGGGCAAGGAACUAAUGUCAGGCAUGGAGCAUGUCAAGGAGCAAGAACAAGUAGAUGUAAAUGUCACACAGGAGUCUGGAAAAUCCAUGCCAUCAUCUCAAGAGGAGGAGGCAGUUAUAAAGAAAAAAUAUGGAGGGAUCAUGCCCAAGAAACCACCACUCAUUUCGAAGGACCAUGAACGUGCCUACUUUGAUUCUGCUGAUUGGGCACUUGGAAAGCAAGGUGUUGAGAAGCCCAAAGGACCACUUGAAGCCCUCCGGCCCAAACUGCAGCCCACACAGCAACAAACACGAUAUAGGAAGUCUCCUUAUGCCCCAGCGGAUGGUGAAGAUGGAGGGAGCACUCAACCAGAGGAUGGGACUGUCAAUGAAUGAGAAACUGCCCGUAAUCUUCUGAUAUUGUGAGGACUAUUGGUUGUUAUUCUAAUACCUAGAUAGGUAAUGAGUAAUUUUCAAUUGUUCCCGUGAAUAAACUUGGUGAAGGUGCUUUGGUCUUAGUUAAGUUCGACGAGUUACAACAUUUAUGCAGUUGAGAAUUGUGGGACUGAACUGUCUAUUGUUCCAAGGGUUUUAUGAUGUGGAACAUUAUUCUUCGUGAUAUAAGUCAACCACUUAAAAAACGAAGUUUCCCCGUGUC